AAGGCUUGGAUUGAAGCCCCAAAUAUCAACAACCGACUGCUUAAAGUAAGGUCUGGAAGACAAGAUGACGAAGGUUGACCAGGCAUCUGCUGUUGAAUCUCGGCGUGCUCAGAUGACUGGAACGAGUACUUCGCCUGCUGCAACUACUAGUAAUUCAAGGAUCUCCAUGUUUGGAGCAAAGUCUGGGUUUGUUAUCCCGAAAAAUAAAUUAUCAGGCUCUAUGGUUCCCAUCUUCAGGGGUGGUAAAAAAUUGGGAAGUAGUGAUGGGGCAAAUGAAGAAGGUACCAAAACGGUUCAGAGAAAAACCAAAUGGGGCCCUGAUCUGACACAGGAUGCUGCUGUCAGAAGAAGAACAGCUUUAGCUUAUCAGACUCGGGUGGAUCAAAUUACACUACAGCUAAAAUCAGGAGUACUGGAGAUUGGCGACAAUCAAGAUUCAUCAUUGGCAGCCCAGGUUCCUGAUCAGGAGUUUCCCAGCCAUCAGAAUAACAGUGAGUCAGAACUGUUGGAACUUGAAAGACGGGAAGCUAUUGGUGAGAUACUGAAGUUAAAUCCAAGUUACAAAGCCCCACCGGAUUAUAAACCAUUGUUGAAAGAGGCCAGAGUUCCUAUCCCUGUGAAAGAAUAUCCUGGGUACAAUUUCAUCGGCUUAAUAUUUGGGCCUGGGAGUGAUACUCUAAAGCGUCUAGAAAAGGAAACUGGAGCUAAGGUACAAGUACAUGGUACCAAAGCGGAUACAGGACAGAAGGUUGAAAUUACUCCAUCUGAUGGAAUCCAGGCUGCUCAUGAAGAAUUAUAUCUUCAUAUAUCAGCCGAGACAUUUGAGAAAGUUGAUGCUGCAGUCACGCUGAUUGAAUUGCUAGUCACUCCAGUUUCAGGAAAUCCAGCUGCUGUUUCCACCACACCAACUUCAGUUUCUGGGGAUAAUGUGAAUGUUCAUAAUCAAAGCCAUAAGUGGUUUGAUGGGAUUGAUUGGAAGAGGAUGGCAGAUUCUGAGGGAGCACCCAAUCAAACCUCAUUGGCAAAAGCCUUGCAUGCCCACCAUUAAGUCACGUUCCUUUUAUUUAUUUAUUUUUAUU